CUGAGUUCCUCAUUUUGUCGUCUCCUUCGAAACCCGACCGGACCUCCCUCUAUAUUUUCUUACUGUGAUCUGAUCUCUGUUCGACGUAAACACAGUUUCUUUUAAGUAGAGAAACUGUUGUUUCGGUUGAGGGAAUUGUUUCUGAAGAGGGAGAAUGACUGAUCUUCUCACCAUGGACGAGAAUUCAGCUAUUAUCGAGCAAAUUCUUAGAGAAGACGAGCUGGAGAACAGCACCUACUACUAUAAGCCAAAUGAUUACGCCUGGCAAACGGUGUCGUAUCGAAAGAAAUCCUCGAAACCAUCGCAUACAGAGAAUUCAAUCACUGAUCGCCGCCCUAAUGGUGGUGCCACUACUUCUGAUAUCUUCCGGUCGAUCGAACAACAAUCGGAGGAUCGUCGACGCCGAAUGGUCGAGGCCCAGACGAAGGAAGACGUCGCCGUUGAUGGAUCUAAGAGGCAUUCUGAUGAAGAUGACGAUAGUGAUGUUGAACCUCCCGUUGCCGACGCGGAGGUAAAGAAAGUUAAACAGAAGAAGCCCAAGAAGCCUAAAGUUACGGUGGCGGAGGCAGCUGCGAGAAUUGACGCCGGUGAACUCGGAGCUUUUCUCGUUGACAUAACUGCUUUGUAUGAGAAACAGCAAGAUAUACAGCUGAUGCGAUUCGCGGAUUACUUUGGUCGUGCGUUUGCAUCUGUGAGUUCGUCUCAGUUUCCUUGGUUGAAGACGUUCAGAGAGUCCACUGUUGCCAAGAUAGUUGAUAUCCCUCUUUCUCAUAUCGCUGAAGAUGUUUAUAAGACAUCAGUUGACUGGCUCAACCAGCGAUCUUUUGAUGCACUUGGAUCCUUUGUGUUAUGGUCAUUGGACAGCAUUCUCGCCGUCCUUGCAAGUCAUCAAGGAGCUGUUAAGGGUUCUAAAAAGGUUGUUCAACAAGCAUCGUCCAAGUCUCAGGUAGCCAUAUUUGUGGUUUUAGCCAUGGUACUGCGACGGAAACCUGAUGUAUUGGUUAGUUUAUUGCCUAUAAUGAGGGGAAAUCCCAAAUAUCAAGGACAAGAUAAGCUUCCUGUCACCAUCUGGAUGAUUAUGCAGGCCGCCCAAGGAGAUUUGGCUGUAGGGCUGUACAUAUGGGUGCAGGUUCUCUUGCCCAUGUUGAGUGGCAAGUCAAGUUGUAAUCCACAGGCUAGAGACCUGAUUUUACAGCUGGUGGAGAGAAUAUUAUCCUCUCCAAAAGCCCGCCCUAUUUUAUUAAAUGGUGCUUUCAGAAAAGGGGAGCGCCUAGUGCCACCGUCAGCUCUUGAGAUUUUGAUGAGAGUCACCUUUCCAGCAUCAUCAGCUCGAGUUAAGGCAACUGAAAGGUUUGAGGCUGUUUAUCCAACCCUAAAAGAGGUUUCCCUUGCUGGUGCUCCUGGUAGCAAAGCCAUGAAACAAGUUGCACAGCAGAUAAUGCAGUUAGCACUUAAAGCUGCUGGAGAAGGAGUUCCUAACCUAUCAAGUGAAGCAAGUGACAUUUUGAUUUGGUGCUUGACUCAAAAUCCUGAAUGUUACAAGCAAUGGGAUAUGGUUUAUCUGGAUAAUCUUGAAGCAAGUGUUGCCGUUCUGAGAAAGCUGUCUGAUGAAUGGAAGGAGCACUCUGUUAAAUGUCCUACGUCUGAAGCUUUGAGGGAAGCUCUAAAGAGUUUUAGGCAGAAGAAUGAGAAAGCCAUACAAAGUCAGAAGAUACUGCCCGCAUGGCAUUAUUGAGGAGGCA